AAAACAGAUGGGCAACCAACUACUCUGUCCUUUGAAAUAGGAUUUCCAGAUGCAGUGAGUGGCAUCUUUAUGUCUGUAUCUUCUACACCCAGCCAUUUUCCAAGACUGAAUUGAGCAUUUAUAGUAUGGCUAGAACUGGGCUGGGUGGUAGCACAACAUAGAGUGUAUGCAGCCCUUGGUAGGAUGAUGGUAAAGCUCCAGAAUUGAGACUUCUUUCUAAUGGAUGGGCCAUCAGCAAGUGUACAUUGGAAUGAUAGCACUUGGUAUCUGUUUUCUGAACACCAGACAGGUGCAUCAUGGGCCCUCACAACACCUUCUGCCACAUCCAGUGGAUUAUCAAUCGGUCAAGGUUGGUUUUCUCCACUCAUUUUGAACCAUUAAUCUGCCCAGAUAAGUCCGUAGGUUCUUGUUAUAUGUAACUGAACCUCUGUUCUUUCAAACGUGAAGUCCAGAUUCUGUUGAUGUACAUCAGUGCAAAUUCAGAGAGGGAUUGCCUUUACUAAGGUUUGUGAUAUACUCUGUGAAUUCCAUCACUAGAAGUUGUGCUUAGUGCUCUUAUAACACAUACAAAAAGAGGAAGCUGAUAAAAACUGCAGCCGUGCAAGGAUUUUUAGAUGCCAAUCAUCAUGCAACAAAUCUGUGCAGUGGGUAAGAUCCUCUGAGCUGAGCAGGAGUAGAUUGGGCCUGGAUGCUUGUCCCACUCCUCUACUGUAACUUAAGGCAUGUACAUUCAACAGUGUCAGUGGACACUAGUUCUUAGUACUGCAAACACCACUGCUGAGGUGGGAAUUUCAGGAGACAUUUUACAUUCCAAGGCACAAGUAGAGCUGUGCUGAGAGAGCUGGCUGAAGUGGCAGCACACUGUGUUCUUGGGCCCACAGAGCUCCCUCACCUCUGCAAAGUUUUGUCACAAGUGGGCCUCUCUCCAUGUGCUGGUGGGGCCUCUCCAUUGUGUCAUAAAUCUAGAAUUUUGUUUCUCAGUCCAUGCUCAUGCUCCCUUGCCUGAUCCAAAAGGCUUGUGUCCUCUAUCUAAACAUUUAAACAGUCUUCUCACAGAUGUUCUCAGUGUGAAAUAGAAAAUUGAGCUAGAAAAAGCAUUAGUUUGACCCUUCAGGGCAUUUCUGAGGUUCAUCACAUCUCCUCAGAUAAGUGUCUGGAGGGUGAUGUGAACGCAGAUCUGCCUGCUUCUUUCUGUUGCUUCUCAGAGGAGCCCAGAUGCACAGAAGAAAGCUCUCAAAGUCUAAAGUAAGGUGUUCGUCUGGAUCGAGUCCGUGGAGGCCGCCAGAAAUACAAGAGAAGACUGGAUUCUGAGAGUAGCACUUAUUUGAGCUUACAGAUCCCUCCCCCAGCUAAAAAGCCACUGACUAAGAUCGUCUCCCACUUGCUGGUGGCAGAGCCAGAGAAGAUUUAUGCCAUGCCUGAUCCAACCAUGCCGGAGAGCGACAUCAAAGCCUUGACAACCCUCUGUGACCUGGCAGACAGGGAAUUGGUGGUGAUCAUUGGCUGGGCGAAGCACAUCCCAGGGUUCUCCAAUCUCUCCCUUGGGGACCAGAUGAGCCUCCUGCAGAGCGCCUGGAUGGAAAUCCUCAUCCUGGGCAUUGUGUACCGCUCCCUGCCAUAUGAGGACAAGCUCGUCUAUGCUGAGGACUACAUCAUGGACGAAGAACACUCUCGUCUGACGGGGCUGCUCGAGCUCUACCUGGCCAUCCUACAACUGGUGCGCCGCUACAAGAAGCUCAAGGUGGAAAAGGAAGAGUUUGUCACGCUUAAAGCUCUGGCUCUCGCCAAUUCAGACUCUAUGCACAUAGAGGACAUGGAUGCAGUGCAGAAGCUCCAGGACCUUCUCCACGAAGCCCUGCAGGACUACGAGCUGAGUCAGCGCAACGAGGAGCCCCGGCGAGCAGGGAAGCUGCUCCUGACCUUGCCCCUCCUGCGGCAGACAGCCGCCAAAGCUGUGCAGCACUUCUACAGCAUCAAACUGCAGGGCAAGGUUCCCAUGCAUAAACUCUUCCUAGAAAUGCUAGAGGCAAAGGUCUGACAGCCCCAGUGCCAGCCGACAAUGGCCGGGGAACAAACUAGAAACAAAGAUGCAGACAACGGAGCAAUCCAAACAGCAGCAGCAGCCACCGCCGGCUUUUAUCUCCAAUCAUUUAUUAUGGAAGAAUUAUUUAAUGUCUAUUUGUCGGCGUGACUGCAGAAUCUCAUGUACAGGAGGGGGAAAACUCUUUUAAUCAGUCACCUGUUUCUCUUUUUUUCAUUUGUUUUCUCUGUGGGAAAUACCAGAAUAUGCUCUUGCACUUGUUGAGGCGGUCGCUGGGGCUCAGCCCCUGUGAGCGAUGUUGCUCUCAGCACUGUGCCGGCCGCCUGGUCCCCAGCUCCCUCCACCAGUGCUGGAGGGGGAGUGGGGACUGAAGCAGGAAGAGACGAAGAAUAGAGUCAAUAUAAACUUUAUCUGCUUGUGCUGUGAGGGGUCAGAUAGAAAGGGAAGCAGCCAGGGUCCUUCAUUUUGUCACCUUUCUGGCUCUAACGAUAGGGCAGAUGCUCCUUCGGAGAGGAGCAGUACUGGCCCUCUCCUGAUCAAAAUGGCUGCCUCCCAGGCUCCUCUAGCGCCAGCUAGCACUUGUACAUACAGGCCCCACUUCUUACCGGGAAAGAUGCUCCUAACUGUGUAAGAUACCCUGCGACCUUGUACAGUGUGUCAUUACGCCUGGCUAGUCCCUCCCAUGUGCAAUCCCCGCAGGACCCUGAAGAGGCAGGAUGUAUGUCCCUGAGAGAAUGCAAGUCUCCUUUCCCAGGUAGUGAGAAAAACAGAUCCUGGUGUAAGCUUUUGUGCUGGGUUGACUUGAUAAUCUCUGCAUCCUCUCCUAUGUGGUGCUAACUACAGUUCUUCUGCACUUUUCACCCUGUAGUAUAUAAAACCUGCCUCUUCAGUGCAGCUGAGUGCCAUUCCCCACUCUUUCCUUGUGGCAGAGAGCACAAGGCUUUGUCUGCAUGGUUACCGCCCAAGUAUAAAUACACCCCAAACCAGGGCUUGCCUAGACUUCAUUCAAGUAAUAGAUCUUUGCCUCCACAGAGACUUAGGCUUAUUGCCAGAUACUAGUUAGAAAUCAAAGGAACCGCUUUUUGGGGGAGACAGCUCCUGAGCCCAAGAGACUGCUUUUUUUUUUUUUUUUUGAUGGCAGCCUAGGCAAAUAAGCUUAGAGGUUGGCAUGGAACCCCCAGAUCCAAUAUCCCAACUACUGUCUUCCCCUGCCUCAUCCCAUUAUCCUCAACAUAGCAAAAAAGCUAGCAUGGAUUAUCCCUGGACCUGGUAAGAGGUUCUCUCACUGGUGGAAGAAGGGAUAUACCUGACCUCAAGGUGGUCAGAGAAGAAGUGGUGGAAUGUUUAUUUACUCAUGUCACUAGGUUUCUACUGUGUCUGAGCCUUAGUUUAGCUCAGCUGGCUAAAUCACAACUGCUGCAUUCUCAGUAUUCAGAGGGGAAUUUGGGUGGCUUGAAAAAACUAGCUUGGCAUUCUGUGAGAUUUUAUUUUCUUGGACACUUUGAUCUGAGCCAGCCUGAGCUGGUGAGAGAAUGUAUUGUCUGUUUGGUGGUGAGUGACAUGACAGCAGAGGUGAGGAGAAGCCUCUGAUCUGUAUUUAAGACACCACCACCUCUGCUGCCUCUGCUCAACUUAGGCUUCCAUUCCUGGAUAACCAGGCGGUGCGACCUGCAAAGGAAGCUGUUCCAAACUGUGGUUAAGGAGUGUGAUCAGGGAGAUGCUGGGUGCUUGUUUUCUACUGGAACUGAACAUGUAUCUCAGUGUAAAGCUCAGGCUAGCUCAGAAACUGAGGAAAUUUGCUGCUACUGAGCUCUCAGCUCAUGUUGCUAGCCCUCUGCUGGUCCUUUAGUUAGUUCAGUUCCAUCUCCUCUGAGUUCUCCCUGCACUAUACAGUCAUAGCUACUCACCCAUUCUGUACUCACUGCAUAAAGGAAUUCAGUCUUGCUUCAGGCACAUUAGUAAGCCAGCAAAGACCCAGGAGUCAGAAUGCACAUGGGAGCUGGGAUUGUUUCCAUGCUCAAAGAAGCAGCAAUUACACAGUGGCCUUGUGCUUUGAACAGAUACCUGUGCUUCUUUUCAUCUUCACCCUCCCAGAGAGAGCUGGGGAGAAAAACGAUAGCUUCUGGUUGCACUUACAAUCUCUGUAUCUAUCUGUAAAUGAGAGGGACCAAACUGAAAUGCAAGCCUUCACUAGAGCCAGUUUGCAGUGUGUUGCAACCUGGCAACUCUUUCUGGCUGUGGCAUGAAUAUUCUCACACACUGUGCUGUGCGGUUGCCUCUAAGCAGGACUCACUUGACCACUGUUGCUUCUCUGCUGAGUCCCACUCAGCCCGGCUGCAGCACACUGUGUUCCAGCCUGCCUCACAGCUGUCCCAAAGUGGGCUGAAAAGAUCUGAAGAAGCAAGUCUUACUCUGCUGGGCCCUGGCUGGGAAGGUCAUUUAAAAAAAGUUCCAGGGAAAUCUUCCCUAAGUAACCCUGCUUGAGCAGGGGGGUUGGACCAGGUGACCUCAACCAUUCUGUGAGUCUGUGUGUCUGUGGAAAGACACCUCCAGCUUUGUUGAAUUUGAACUUGGGCUUCCUUUCCAGAACAGAGGGGAAAAUAACCUAGAAAACAUGACUGUAAAGGAGGGCUGCUGAGUUACCUUCUAGCUCACGGCAACUGCUGUCUAUUUAGAGUAUGGAGGCAAUGGCUGUGUUGGGAGAACAAUAUAAAAAUACUAAAUUUCUUUUUUGCAGGACUUUCUUUCUCCAUUACAGCUGCAUAAUCUUGGAGCCCAACUGGAUAUCCCCUCAUUGCUUGAAAGUAGUAGGCCUGGAAAUUUUGCUGGUUUGCUUCUGAAAUAGGAUGGGAACUGAACCAGGCAGUAAUUAGCAUUUAUUUGUCUCUCUAUACCAGGGAUGCAAACUCUUUUCCAAGAAUGGGGACAGAAACAUCUGCCUAGAUUUAACCCUUAAAAGGCUUGUACCAUCUUUAGUUGGGAAGCAGGGCAGGUCUCUUUCAGACAAGCCUUUCAGACAAGUGCAGGCUUCACAUGCAUCUCAUCCCUUUCCAGUUUCUCUGAUCUGCUGUGAAUCAGUAGUACCAGCAUGCUGCCACAAAAGAGGAGCACAUCCAGCUACACAGCAGGUCAGGCUUGCAGAAAAGGGUGACAUUUUAGUGUAGUCCCCUCAGUGAAGUUUGAAGUAGGAAAUGAGGCUUCAGCAACUGCGUAGGUCUUUGGAUUCUCAUAGGCUCUUACAAAGAGGUCUGGAGUUGUGGAAUUCAGACAUAAACUGGGAGGUGGGUUCUGGUCAGCGUUUCUUAUGCCAUUCAUUUGUAAUAUGGGGCUAACAGAGUCAGCUCCAUACAGCUGUCCUUUUGCAUGGGGCAAAAGAUGACAGAGUUUGGACCUCGGUUUCUGUGGCUUACAGAAAAGAAAAGCUAAACUGUAGAGGUAAGUGUGUCAGUGACAGUGAAUAAGCAUGAAGCUGACAUACAGCUAGUAUGGUAAAAGCAGCUCUAGCCCCCAAUAUGCAUGUGCAGAUAACAGAAACCACGUACCUGUGAGCCACUGCAAAAAGGCAGAUCUUCCCACGUGACCAGUUCUUCUGUUUUGGGCACAUUCUUCUUUGGGAACAGCAGUCUCUGGCCUGUAUUGCAAAAUUAAUUUCAUGGGGAUCAAUUAAAGGAAAGGGG